GCAUGGGCCACCUUUUUGUCUUUGUUAGACCGCAGCCGCAAGCCUACCUCACUGGACGGACAUAUGCAAACGAGUGACAGCGGCCAUCGUCACCUGCCUCCCUACGGCGAACAGAACACUUUUGUUGUUAAGCUCCGACUCGCAGCAAACAGCACAUCCCUGUAAAGAGCUCCUUCCAAUGUGCUGGAACUGCUAGGUAGGUAGAUGCCAGCUGUUCUUGGGCUGGACCGGCUCUGCUGUUCGGUAUCGUCGUCUUAUCAGGCCCCGGAUGAUGGCACUGCUGCUCUACGCAACGCUCUUGCCUCUCUGACCGACGCCUGCCCUCCCCAACAGGUACGCCCAUCUGCUCAUCUAUAGGGCCGUUUUGCGGCCUUUCCCUGCGCACAUUUGCUCGCGUGCAAUGCCAUUGUCCUCCAUAAGAAUGCUCGCUGCCCAGCGGCGCCGGCGCCGGGCCCAUGGCUCAACGCCGGAGCGACAACAAGGCCGUAAUGCUUAUUAUACCUUAUGAGUUGCCAUUGUGCCUCGCCUUUGGUCUAUCCUACUAUUGUUCUUCGGCCGGCGUAUAUAAUAGCUGUCGUGGCCCCCUUCCCUUUUCCGUCUCAAGCUUUCCUCCUUCAGACUCGUUUCUGCACAGGCUCCUCAACGGAUUAGGACUAUAUCACCAGCUCUCUCAACUUCCUGUUCACCACCAUCUUGUCUAUGCAGAUUCGUACUCUGUCUCUACAGAUUCGUUCUUUGUCUCUGCGAAUUUGUUCAAAUUUCCCAACGCCACCUCUUGUCUCUACAUAUUCGCCCUCUGCACCUGCUCUCAGCGGAAUCAAAUCUCAUCACCGAUUCUGAAAACACAAAACCUCUUCUAUCAUUUAAACGGCUGUUCCAGUCGUCAAAACAAAAAGUCAAGAUGAAGCCUGUUCCAAACGCUGACUCCGGCGGAAGUACCGACACCUACAGCACCACUAUUAACUUUUGGGAGACGCCCGAGGCUGUCCAACACGUCGGCAACAGAGCGGCGGUGAAGGUCCUGGAGAAGAUUGCCGACCUGGUCGCGGACGAGAUUGUCGCGACGAUCUCUCCUCAGUACAUCACCGACGUUGCAGCAACAGUGAAGGAGUCGCUUGCGCUGCAGUUUGCCAGCUCAGGCGCAGACGGAGGAGGCUCCGAGGUAGGGGAAGAUCUUGAUGCAGAGGAGGGCCUCGAGACAGACGAGAGCUCCGACGCAGAAGAGAAAGUCUCUCAUGUAGAGGAAAGCCCCGAAGCAGACAAAAGUUUCAAAUCGGAGAAAAGUUUCGACGCAGACGAAAAUCUUGACGUAGAAGAGACGUUGGAAGCAGACGCAAGCUUCGACGCGGACGAAACCUUGGAAGCAGAUAGAACCUUCGGAGACGAAGCCUUCCAACCAGACCAAUACACCUCCCCCGCUACGCCGCCGGACAGCUCUCCGAACAGAGCACCACUCGGCCGCAAGCGCGAGAAUCCCGGCCGCUGCUGCGACGACGAGCCAACCUUGCCCAACAACAAGGCCAAAGCCAUGGGCAAGGCCGAGGUCCGCCGCAACCCCAAGCGUAAACCCACGGAGACGGAGCCCAGCCGGGAGCCGGUGCUGCCCGAGAAGCCCCUCGAGGAGGCCCUGCGCCCCUUGACCGACGAGGAGAAGGCAGAAUGGAAAGGAUGGGCCGAAGUCGAGUCAGAGCCGGCCAUGUUCAACGCGAUCCUUGGCAAGCUGGGAGUUCAAGAUGUUCGGGCCAGAGAACUCUUUAGCUGCGACCACUGGGGUCUGCACGACUUGCCAAAGCCCGUUCUUGGAAUGGUAUUCCUAUUCCAGUAUGCGCCUCACCUGGAGGAUGACGAGGACGACGACGGCGACCCAGAGCUUGACAACGUCUGGUUUGCCAACCAGACCACCAGCAACUCGUGCGCGUCCGUCGCUCUUCUCAACAUCGUCAUGAACGCCGACAACGUCGACUUCGGCCCCGAGCUCCGAGAGUUCAAGGCGUCCACCGAGGGACUCGACUCUGCCCAUCGCGGCCAUCGGAUAGGAUCCAAUGGCUUCAUCAGAGCGGCCCACAACUCCUUCGCCCGCCGCAUGGACCAGCUCAACGCCGACCUGUACCUCGCCAAUGAAGCGGCCGCGGCCAAGCCCAGGGUGUACAAGAAGCGCGCCACCAGAGCCACCAAGCAGCAGCAGCAUGCAUUGGCUGAGCAGGUAGACUAUGGCUACCACUUCAUAGCAUACGUGUAUGCCGCCGGAUUCGUCUGGGAGCUGGAUGGAAUGCGAAGCAAGCCGCGCAAAGUCGGACCCUGUGAUGAACCGAGCAUCUGGACUUUUGUCGCCGGCCCCCGCAUCCAAGAGCGCAUCCAGCAGUACGGCACGGGGCAAAACGCCUUCAGCCUGCUCGCCAUCUGCCAGCAGCCGGAGAAGGACCUCAGGGCCAGCAUGGCGUCCACGCUGGCGGAGAUGAACUCGGUCCGCGCCGUCAUGGACGGCAACAAGGCGUUCGCCGAGCGCGCCGCGAAAGUGGACGAGGCAAACGGCUUCGCCGCCGAGAUAAACCUCUCCGAAUUUCAACUGUCACAACGGGACAUCGACAACGCCGCCGUGUCGGGCUCUUUCAAGGCCCAGUUGUCGGAGCCGAAUGCCGACGUCGACAUCACCACAAAGGUGUACGAGAGCCUUGUGGGUAAGCUGAGCACCACCAUGUUCAGUUAUCGCCAGGAGAACGCGGCACGCCAGGAGGAGGCGCAGAUUGUAGAGCGCCACACCAGAGACUACUCCCAAGGAAUGCACUUGUGGCUGUCCAAGCUUGCUGAGAAGGGGGUCCUGGAGCAGCUGGCUGAGGAGUCAAGAAAGUAGCACAGCGGCGUUGAUUGUUACCCGAAGCUACAUGGCAGCUUGGGAAGGGACCAGGGCAGUGUGUACUACGCAGUUGGAGAGAAAACAGGGCAUCAAUGGGAGGCAAGGGCGUGCUACAUUGCCAGAUACGCUCCCACGACGCUGAUGAAUAGAGAUGCAACUCCCCGAGGGCGGGAUCCACGCCUUGUUUUUCAAUGCCGAACAGACAGCCGCUCGAAUCUACACACAUGCCAAGUCCCG